CUUUUUCGCCAAAUUUACAAUCACAUCCAAUUCAGUUGGUGGCUGACAAUUGCGGUGAAGAGUUACAUUUUGCGUCAUCAUCCUCCUUGUUCUGUUUGGGGGGUGGCAGCAAAUGCACAGUGUGUAUGUGUGGCGACAUUUUGGCAAUGAUGACCAAACGGCUGAGGAGCCACAAUCCCACGGCCACAGAUACGUGCUUCAAUGGAUUUUCGAACAAUGAACCGCGAGAAUGUACCGAGAGUGAUGCUGUGUUGAAAAUGGUGCCAACGGACAAAUCAACAAGUCAAGAGUGUGCCAAAGUGUGCCACCCACAGCCUGAGAUUAGCGCGACGGUGCAACCACCCACGGGGAAUAGCAAUGGCGCGGACGAUGGUGGACGCAAGAGGAAGCACGAGGAGUGCGAUGGAAAUGAAGCCAACAAUAACUGCACCGAUGAUUGCUCCGGUGGUGGCAAGAAGAUUAAAUAUGAUACCCACAGAGAAAAGAUGAUUGAGUUGUACCAACCGUGGGUCCUAAAGACGUAUGGUGACUUAGCUAAAACAAAGACAAUCACAUUGCGUAAGCAGGCGAGGAUAAUUAAGACCCUCUCUGGGCAGGAAACCAACAAUCCGGACAGCUCCAAAUUUAGGUUUUGGGUAAAGGCGAAAGGUUUCACAACUGAGCGCCCAGUUGACUUCAAAGGAGAUCUCAACUUGAAUAAGGACCUGGUGGAGAAGCCCAACAAGCAUUGCUUACUCUAUGUCCCAAAUUUCACAAAGGAAGCUCCUCAGCUAUUUAGACGCGUAGCAAUAGUUGAACUAUUUUUCGACAUAAUUUUUGGCGUUCAUGUUGGCCUGGGCGGACGUUCUGGUAGGCAUGCUGGGCAGAAGCGAACAUACCGAACUAUUACAGAGUCGUAUGCAUUCCUACCCCGGGAGGCCGUCACAAAAUUCCUCUCUGGCUGCGUGGUGUGCAAAAAGCUCCCAACGCCAUACUCCCCGUUGCGCCUGGAUGAUGCCGAGAGUCCCAGUGAAUGUGACAGUCCUCACCAAUCAGCGACAAAUUCGUCCGGCAAUCGAUUAUUAAUUAACAAUCAGGCAGUUGGGUCAGAGAAGCGAGAGAAUCGCGAUGUGGCUGAAAGUGAAACGGAUGCACGGCCCGAGCAGAAAUCAACCAAUUCGUCAAGUGCAGUUCAACAGCCUAUUGAUUGGGAGGAGAGAAUUUUGGUGGAAUACAACAAAGUCAAAUCGGAUCAACAGGGGAAAAACCACACGGGCCCGGACAAAGACACUCAACUACCCAAUCCCGCCAAUAUUGCCAAUGGGAUGACUAACAUGAUGGACCACUUCAGCAUCACUGGGAGCCAACUAUACGAAUACUAUCAUCUCCUGAAAGCAUUUUACGAUACCUCAAACCGACCAAAAACACCCUCCUCAGCCACCUUCGUGGCCGAGCAGAGCGACAAUUUGAGGACAUCCCGUGAAAAUCAUCUCCCCAUGAAACCACCCACCACCACCGUCACCGCCGCAAAUGCAGAUAAAGACCCCAAGAGCGGUGCAUUAAAUUCCCUAGCACUAGCACUACUGCUGCCUAAUGAAAAAAUCACAACUGAAAUGAAAAAUCCCUGCAAAACCACACCACCGAAGAAGCGCUACAACAACUACCCUCAGAAUGGAAAUGAAAAUAAUCAAUGCACAUCCCUAGCUGGCAAAGAGGCUGACAAAUCAUCUGCAUUGAAAAGUAGUAGCACAAAGAUCUCAACUACAAACAUUAUGGCUACAGUUCGAUCAAAUGAUCCCAUUACAUCCACCUACUUAAAACUAACCCGAAGUAUGGGGCUGAGUGAUGAAGAUGCCCUCAGAAUUGAUGAUUUGGAAACCCCAACAAUUGCAACAACAUCUGCUGGUGGUUCAACAUCAACCACAACUACAACUAAUCCAGAUCAAGCUGAGGCAGCUCAUACUGAUGACCCGUAUUCCGGACUUAUGAAAGAUGCCGAUAAACUAAAAUUAAUGCUUUUAGCGUGGAAUUAUCAAAAUUCCAAUGCAGCUCGCAAUGGGACAGAAGGACCCGAUUUGGGUAUGGUGGGUGGACUUUGGGCACAAUAUCAAAAUGCACUUGCAAUGAAUGGGAAACAAUUGUCGCCAAGUGGACGAGUGGACCCAUCGAGUCCGGUUGAAAAUCAGGACGAGACCAAUUCGUCGGGCCAAAAGGACGAUGAUGAACUCUCCGAGGACGAUUCAGAGGACCGAAUUGAUGCAAAUGCCCAAGAUCCUGAACGUCUCAAGGCAUUCAAUAUGUUUGUUCGACUAUUUGUGGAUGAAAAUUUGGAUCGUAUGAUACCAAUUUCGAAGCAACCCAAAGAGAAAAUUCAAGCCAUCAUUGAUUCAUGUACGCGACAAUUUCCCGAAUUUGCUGAACGUUCACGCAAAAGAAUAAGGACAUACCUCAAGUCUUGUCGUCGCAAUAAGAAGACACGCGAUGGUUGGGAGAAUACGUCACGACCAACCCCGGCACAUUUGACAUCAGUCCAAGCGGAACAGAUAUUGGCAUUAGCAUGUGAAAAUGAAAGUAUGAAUGCAAAACGGAUGCGUUUGGGGCUUGAACCGAUUAGUCAGAAUGUAACGCCCACCGUGAAUACGACCGUUGACACGACAAUAGCUAACUACUCAAUCAUGAAACCUACGGAAAGUGAUGCCAUAAACACGCCAUCAGCAUCUAUGAAGACAACUGCACCAGCAACAAGUGUCACAGAAACUAAGACCAUAAACACAACACAGAGUGAGAAUGGAAUCAGUACAAAUUCCCUUUAUCGUGCAGACUAUAGUAAUAAUUCCAACACCUACAAUGCACGGACAAAUAAUUAUCAGAAUUUCUUCAACAACAACACGCAGUCUAAUGUUCCCACGGAUUUGUCAAUGAAACAACCCCAGAGACCGCCAAUUCUGUCGCACAAGCUAAAUCCAACGGAAAUGAAUGCUGUCCGUCAAUUGGUGACCGGCUACAGGGAAAGUGCAGCCUUCCUCCUGCGCUCAGCCGAUGAAUUGGAGCAACUUUUGCUGCAGCAGCAACAAUAAGCAAGAAGCUCUCAAAAUUCGCCAGUUUAAUACAGAAAAAAAAAGAAAAAUGUUUGCACACAACAACCAUUAAAAAGUAGAAAAGAAAAAAAAAUACCUUUUACACAUUUACGUUACGAUUACACUCAAAGAAGAAAAAUUUUGACAACGGGUAUUAAUUAACGAAGGAAAGAAAAAGUGAAGAAUUAGAUUAUUAAUAAUGUAAACUCGUAAAAAAUACUUCUCUAUGAAUAAUAUAUAGAAACUUUAUAUUUAUUUAUUUAUGUGUUUAAUUAGUUGUUGCUUUUUGAGUCUCAAAGUGAGAAUUUUUAAAUUUAUUUUGCAUAAAAAAUGUACAAAAGAAUUCCUAACGAAAAAUCUUGAGAAAAAAAUUUCUUUUCAAUAAAAACGAUUUUAUGACAUUUUUAAAUAAAUUUUCUUUUAACUGUAAACUGUUUAAUUAUUCAAUUUUUUCUUUAAAAACAAAUCCAAAAGAUUCGUUAACCGAAACAAUCUUUAAGUGUAACAGUUGUCAGGUUCGAAACAUCACUGUACUCCAGAUUUAUGUUAAAAUAAAUUAAAAAGAAAAAGAAAAUGAUGUAAAAAUAUUCUAAUAAUAUAUAAGAAAUGUAAAAUUUUCCAAGUACAAUUUAAACAAAAAUAUAUUUGCUAAGUUCCUAUGUAAUGAAAAAUCUUAUGCACCCCUCAUAGAUGUCAGAAAGUAAAGUUUUCUGUAUACGAUAUAUCGCUGUUUUCACACCACUCUGGAAUUCUUUUGUAUCUAUCCCGAAAAUGUUUCAAAAAUUUGCAAAAAUGUGCAUAAAUGAGAUUUUUGAUUAAAGAAUAAAAAAAACGACAAAAAAUAUAUUUGUAAUAUGAUACAGGGUGAUAAUUUCUCAUUGAGUAAAAUUGUAAAAUGUAGUGCCAUUUAGUUUUGAAACUGUUUUCCGCAUUUUCAUUUUUGUAGGAAUUUCGAGAAAAAAAUAUUCGCCAAAGAAAUAUCUUUGAUAGUUACCAGUGAACAAAAAAAAUGGCUACACUAUUUUUCUAUGUAUAAUUACUGUAUUAGUUUAUAAAUUAUAUUAAAAAAAAAAUAAAAGAAAGAUUAGAGAUUAUAAAAAAACAUAUUUAAAUGAUGAUAAAAAUGUAAUAUAAAAAAAAAUUAAAAAGUUAUAGCAGGAAAAAUUAAAAUAUUUGAAAUGCCAAUGAAAAUAAAACUUGAACUUUUCAAAUAUAGAUGGAA